CUAUCUCCGUGCCCUGCUGGACGCCAUGGCGGACAUGGACAGGUUCGUGGAAGUGGAGGUGCUCAAAACUCUGGGCGACGUGAACUUGGAAAAGGGACGACUCUACAAAGAUGCGGCAAAGUUGGAUAGGGCCAUGAUGUUGUACAGCAGCGCACUGCUCCGAUGUGAGGAUGCAGACGUAGGGGAAAGUCUAGAAAAUCGUUACCGUCACGCAGAAAAAUUGCGGCAAGGGAAGACGACAGCGACUUCAAUAAAGAAUGAGCCUAGCAGGACUGCCAACAAAAUGCCAUCGAUUGCAAUGAUGGCAGAGAAGUUUAAACACUUGGACCGUAGAUUGACUGUCGACUUCGACAAGGACUCUUUGCUGAUUGACUACACAAAGUUGGUGGUAGAAGGGAUCGCAAACGAGGACGGUAUGUUAGAAGUGGAAGCCAUUAAGAGUCUUGGUGACGUGUACCUGAAAAGGGGAACAGAAACUAAAGACACGCCAUGCCUGACCAAGGCCACUGCUUUGUACAACACUGCACUGGCACGGUGUGAGGGGGUACAGGGCAGAGUGGUGCUCAUUCACCGCUUACUGUACACGGCAAGAAUCAGACAGGAUAUGAAGAAGAAUGCAAAUCGGGUUCCAAAGCGCAGACGACAGCAGCAACAACAAGGUGACGUGCCGCGGGACUUCCCAUUCACGUCAGCGUACACUGACGUCGUCGGUCAACAGUUCAUGAGCCCAAGUGCAUACAUCGCAAGUCAGACCGUCAAACCCCCUGCUCCUGACGACAGGUCAUACGAGGAUAACCUAACUGCAGGGGCCCGCGCACUGGCUGAUGGGAACCUGGACAGAGCAGAAGAGAAGUUUGCUUCAGCACUGAGACUGAUUCAUGAUCCCAACAAACCAGAUCGAGGCAAAGAGGCCGAAUGUCUGUGCAGACUCGGCGACAUCUACGUCCAGCGAGGCAAAACAACUAAAGAAGGUAGGAAAUUCACACAGGCGGCAUCUCUGUACAACGCAGCCAUGGCCAGAACAGACACAGAUACAGACAAGAUAAAGCAAAGCUUACAGGACACCGAACAAUGGUUUCUUCAACACACAGCGAAUGUGCAAAGCGAGCCGAGUCCAUCUGAUUCGGCCAUGAGUCACCAAAUGCGACUAGAAGACAUGCGCGCGCGCGCCAAGUCACAACUAGAAGCCAUUGAUCAGCAACACAAUCCGUACCAGUAUGACGAGGAUGACCCAAAGAUGCUAGCAGCGGAGGCUGAGCGAGCAGAAGCGGUCAAAGCUUUAUUCAAGAACAUCGCCAAGGAUAGACAAACUUUCAUCCAGGACCUUGUUGAUGAAUGUAUUGCCACUCUUGGUCCUCCUCCGUGUAAGUAUGCUUUCAUCGGGUUAGGCUCACAGGCAACAGAACUAGUCACGCCCUACUCAGAUUUGGAGUUCGCCAUUCUGAUUGAGGAAGGGGAGGAUGAUGAUGAUACACGGAGGUACUUCCUAAACCUCACACACUACCUACACUUAAAGGUCAUCAACCUGGGUGAGACCAUCCUCCCAGCCAUGGCCAUCCCGUCACUCAACGACUUCUACUCAGAAGACCCGGACAAAGACUGGUUCUUCGACUCUGUCACGCCUCGUGGCUUUUCCUUUGACGGCUUCAUGCCUUGGGCCUGUAAGACUCCAUUUGGAAGAGACAAAACCAAGACGAAGCAAUCAGUGAGUCUCAUACAGCCCCCUGCUAAGAUGGCAGAGUUUCAGGAGCUAGAGGUUUCUCUGACAGAAGGGUACCACUUGUCAGACAUCCUUAGGCGGGUUGCUUUCCUAGCCGGUGAAAAAGCUUUGGUGAACAAAUAUCGGAAAAAUCUCAACAAAGUCGUCACAAGUGAUCUCCUCUCCCAUUUUCAGUCCCGCCUGUCUGCCAUGGGAAUCCUUAGCGAAAACAGAGAGAUGAUGACCACCUAUGAACCCACUGGACAGUUGCUGAAUGUCAAGAAAGACAUUUACCGUUUUCCAGGCGUAGCCAUCGAGAUACUGGUUCUGUGCUGUCAGAUCAAUCUGGCUAGCACUUGGGCUGUGAUAGACAGAUUAAGGGAAACGGGACAGAUUCAGCGAGAAAAUGCCACCCACCUUACUGUACUGACCAGCAUUUCCGCAGAGCUUCGGUUGAGAACAUACAUGGCCAACAAGGGACAGAAAGACAGCCUGUCGCCUCUUGACGAAAUAAAACAUCAAACAAAGACGCAGAAGGUAUCUGACACCACCCUGAAGUCAGAAUUCCACAUUCCAGACACCCAGAUUCUGUACCGCUACUACUACAGAGCUAUCCCGCUGAAGAAGUGUAUACCAGAAGUCAUCCAAGAUGGUUCGCAGUUGCAAUCAAGAGGUGUGUUCAAAACUACCAUCUUUGAUGUCUCCAAUGAAUGUCGAGGCCGAAUAGCUAAGAAUUUAUUCAACUCAAGUAAAUGUAUUCACCACUUCGAAGCAGCAUUAAAAGAUGCCGGUACCGACAUGAUUUCGCGCUCGGUAUUACUCGUCGAAUUAGGGGGAUACUUGGCAUUACAUGGUGACGUCACAAAGGCCAAAAGCUACUUUGAAGAGGCACUGAUGAUACAUAAAGGUAUCCACAUAGACAACACAGCAAAUCCGGUCAUUGCUGGAUCACUUCACAACUUGGGGAUAGCUUGGGGCAUACUUUGCGAUCCGAAGAAAGCAAUUAGUUGCUUCGAACAGUCGCUAACGAUACUUCAAUGUAUUUUUGGCGUCUCAACACCACAUCCCGACAUUGCCUCCGCACUUGCAAAUCUUGGGUUCUGCUGGCGUGACCUUGGCGAUGAAGGAAAAGCAAUUAGCUACAUCGAACAGUCACUAAUGAUGAGAAAAACUGUUUAUGGAGACACAGCUCAUGAGCAUAUUGCCAAAUCACUUACCGCCCUGGGAUUCUGUUGGAGCAGCCUUGGUGACGAAAAGAAAGCAAUUAGCUACUACGAGCAGUCACUUACGAUGUCGAAAACAAUCUACGGACAAAACACUGUACAUCCAGAUAUUGCUGCGGUACUUAAUAACAUGGGGUUGUCUUACAGUAAUCUCGGCAAUCAGCAGAAAGCAGUUAGCUGCUACGAACAGUCGCUCAUGAUCAAGAAAGCAAUCUACGGUGAGACCGCUCGUCACCAGGACAUCGCAAUGUCACUUAAUAAUGUAGGAUUGACUUGGUCUAAACUCGACAACUACGAAAAGGCAAUAAGCUACUUUGAAAAGGUAUUGAAGAUGCAGAAAGCUGUCUAUGGAGAAAAAGCGGCACACCUAGAAAUUGCCACGACACUGAACAACCUUGGUUUUUCUUGGAGAAAACUUGGUGAUUACAGAAAGUCGAUUAGCUACUACGAACAGGUAAAAGUGAUGAGGAAACGAAUCUUUGGAGAGAACACGGCACAUCCGAAAAUUGCAGAGACACUCGACAGCCUCGGAAGUUGCUGGGCAGAAUUCGGUGAUGCAAAGAAAGCAAUUGGCUACUUCGAACAGUCACUAACGAUGUGGAAAACUAUCCAUGGAGACAAAACGGCGCAUCUAGAAAUUGCCGGGGCCCUUUACAACCUGGGAUCAUUGUGGAGUAAACUCGAUGAUCAGAAAAAAGCAAUUGACUACUUUGAACAGUCACUAAGAAUGACGAAGACUAUCUAUGGAGAGAACACGGUACAUACGCUCAUUUCAGGGGCACUUGAACAACUGGGAUCAUCUUGGAGUAAACUUGGCGAUCAUAAGAAGGCAGUUAGCUACUUUAAUCAGUCGCUCAGAAUGGCGAAAACGAUGUAUGGAGACAAUACGGCACAUGCGGACAUUGCCAAGUCACUUCACAACCUGGGAUCAUCUUGGAGUAAACUUGGCAAUCAGAAGAAAGCAAUUAGCUACUUUGAACAGUCACUGACGAUGGAGAAAACUAUCAGAGGACCCAACGCUGCAGACAAAGAUUUAGUACGGAUAUUCGACGCGUUGGGUACAUUAUGGAGUGAACUCGAUGAUGAGAGGAAAGAAAUUAGCUAUUACGAGCAGGCCAUAGAGAUGUGGAAAACCGUUAAGGGAGAGGACACCAGAAAUCCGGGCAUAGCAGGGAGACUUCAUAACCUGGGGUUAUGCUGGAGCAACCUUGGUGAUGAAAAGAAAGCAAUUAGCUACUUCCAACAAUCACUGGCGAUGCGGAAAACUAUCUAUGGAGACACCACGGCACACGCAGAUAUUGCCUUGUCGCUUUUCGGCUUAGGAUCAUCUUGGAGUAAGCUUGGCGAUCAUAGAAAAGCAAUUAGGAACUUGAACCAGUCACUAACGAUGAUGAAAAAGGUCUAUGGAGACAAUACGGCACAUUUGCACAUCACCGCUGCACUCCACGAAUUAGCAUUGGUAUGGAAUAAAGUCGGUUAUCAAGAUAAAGCUGUGGAAUACGAGGAGCAAUCACAGCGCAUGGUUAUGUCCCUUUAUGCCAGAGGCACUCUGCGAUUCUAAAUCGGUUUCUACAAAUGAUGAAAACUAUUUCUGGAACAGGAUAUUGUAACUACACUGAUGAUAGGAAAGCCACAGUAAUUCACCAUGUCGCAAACCAUAUGUGGAGACAAUACCAGACGAUAGCGAUUAGCUUCUUCGAGCAAUCGAGGUUCUUCGAAAAUCACCUUUGACAUAUUUCUUACAAUGCCGCUUACGGCGCAUACGCAGCUGGAACCGACAGCCGGCUUA